CGAAGCUCCGGCUGAGGUUUCGCUGGGCACCCGCAGGCGCCUGUGUAGCAAUAAAUCACCUCUUGCGUUUGCAGCCAGUGCCUCGUGCAUCUUUCUUGGACAGGGAAUCGGCGGGUCUUUCAUUUGGCGAGCCAGCCAGGAGAACUCCUAUAACCCCAUCCGGAUCCCUGCCCGAGGAACACCCGAUAACCACUGGGAGGUAAGCUGGCCAGUUCGUGUCAUUUUGUGUCUCUCUAUGUCUGGUUGUUAUCUUGUUAUCUGUUCAUGCGCAGCGUCUGUACGAUUACGCGUAAUCGCUCUGUAUUCUGGGCAGCUUGAGAAGGAGUUGACGAACUCGGACUUCUCCCCUGCCACCCUGGGAGACGUCCCAGGGGCUCAGGGAGGCCCAUCUUGGGGGGGCCUCCAAUGUUCUGUAGAGUACACUGUACUCGUGGGUGACGGAGGUGACGGUAUCCCUCCUCUCCCUAAUCCGUCAGGUACGUUUGGUUUGUGCUCGAGCUGCGCAGCGUUCUCUGUGUCUAGUUUGAUAUUUGUGUCUGUCUUCUUGCCUUUGCACUUUCUCACUCCAUCUAAGACUAACAUGGGACAAUCUAUAACAACUCCUCUGAGUCUUACUCUGGAUCACUGGCAGGACGUUCGGAACCGGGCCGACAACCUGUCAGUAGAGGUCAAAAAGAAAAAAUGGAUAACACUCUGCACCACAGAAUGGCCAUCAUAUGACAUCGGUUGGCCUAAAGAAGGGACAUUUAAUCUUAAUUAUAUCUUGCAGGUGAAGUCCCGAGUUUUCAUUCAGGGACCACAGGGGCAUCCUGAUCAAGUGCCCUACAUCGUUACUUGGGAAAAUUUGGCUUCUGACCCACCUUCUUGGGUUGCCCCUUUUUCUCACUCUAAGCUUCCUCCCUGCUCCCUCUCCGGUGGCUCCACGCCUCCAACGCUGCCGCCUGAAACUCCUCCCCUACCUUCCGCCCCACUUAUCCCAGUCCCUACAUCCCCUCCCAAAACCUCUAGAUGCAGUUCUUAUAGAUUUGAUGACUGGAGAACACCCACCCUAUCAUCCCCAACCUCUACCUGCCCCCAUCUUAACCAGGCAUCCUCAGGGGAAGAAAACGAGGGAGAUCAAGAAGAUUCGGCUCCCCGUAAUCCUCCAGAGCCUUCCCCUAUGGUGGGACGACUCCGCGGGCGCCAAAAACCUCAUGCCUUGGGGAAUACAUCUAGUGCCUUCCCCUUACAGCAGACGGGAGGCCCAAAUGGCCAAUACCAGUACUGGCCCUUUUCUGCUUCUGAUCUUUAUAAUUGGAAAUCCCACAAUCCUUCUUUCUCUAGUGAUCCUGUAGCCCUAACCUCUCUAAUAGAAUCUAUUCUAGUGACUCACCAGCCAACCUGGGAUGACUGCCAGCAGCUUCUACAGACUCUUCUCACUUCUGAAGAGAAACAAAAAGUUCUCCUGGAAGCCCGUAAAAAUGUGCCAGGGGAUGACGGACGCCCCACUCAACUCCCAAAUUUGAUUAAUGAAGCUUUCCCCUUAACACGACCAGAAUGGGACUACAACACUGAUGCCGGUAGGAACCACUUACGUCUCUAUCACCAGUUACUCAUAGCGGGUCUCCAUGGAGCAGGGUGACGGCCCACUAAUUUGGCGCAGGUAAGACAGACUAUCCAGGGGUCAGAAGAAACUCCGACUGCAUUCUUAGAGAGAUUAAAGGAAGCCUAUCGGAGGUACACACCUUUUGACCCAGACAAUGAGGAUCAGAGAGGAAACGUUUCUAUGGCCUUUAUUUGGCAGUCCGCUCCAGAUAUCAGGACUAAGUUACAAAGAUUAGACAAUUUACAAGAUUAUUCUUUAGCAGACUUAUUAAGGGAAGCAGAAAAGAUCUUUAACAAGAGAGAGACUCCAGAGGAAAAAGAGGAAAGGAUUAGGAAAAUCCAGGAAGAGAGGGAUCUCAAAUUUAAGGAAGAACUAGACAAGAGAGAUUGA